CACACAGCCUCACCCCUCGGCCCCAGUUUCACUUUUUCAAAUAAAUCCAGAUCCACUGAUCAUCUUGUUGAAAGUUACAAGCUCGCAGACAUGUCUCUUCCAAUCACCUCUACUCACACAGUAACCGCAUUACUCUGGAGAGCUCCUCUUCUCCACCAUAUCCACCUCUCGUUGUACCAUCCGACCCUGAUACCCGGUGUGCAUGCCCCUCCCUGACGUGCAGCCAGCACCCCCAAAACAGUUGAACCCCUAUUAACCCUCAACUUGCAAACUCGUCCUUGCAUGAGUUCGCUGAAGACAUAACGUCGCUCCCUCCCAAUCUCCAGGAUCUACCAUGUCCACCCCACCUACCACCACCUUCGCCAAGGAAACCCCAAAAACUUUCUCCACGCUCUCCAUCCUCUCCCAAUCCAGCGUCGAAGACUGCUCCAAGGAGCGUCAAUCUCUCCUCCUCCGCGACCUCGAACUCCUCCUCGACCUCACACCCAGCACACUCCGUUCCAACCUCCUCGCCCUCCCCCGCGAAAUCCGAGAGCAGAUAUUCCAGCAUGUUAUUCCCUCACGCGACAACGAUGAAUCCGCCCGACCAACCCUCCACACCCCCUUCUGGUCCGCCGACAUGAUCCACGAGCCCUGGUCCCACGACACCUUCGGCUACGCUCCCAGCGUCCCCCUCCCCUCCCGCCUCCCUCCCUAUCUGCUCCUCAUAAACCGCCAAUUGCGCGACGAAAUCCUGCAAUGCUACUGGCGCCAUUGCGACAUCACUCUGCACGUCGAGCUGCGCAAUUCGCGGAGCCCCGGCUCGGUAUCCGGAUUCAAAUACUCCCCACACGUCCGCUCGCUAUCCAUGCUGAAGGAAAUUGCCCACGUGAGGUUCUACGUCGAGUGGAACUACGCUCUUCCCACGGGUCUGGGAAUCAGCACGGCGGCGCGUGCGGCGCGAAGGGAGUACUAUGUGGAAAUGGUGGAGGACCUUGUGCGGACAAUGGGGAGGAUGUUGGAGACGGCGGGGCGCAUAGAGACGAUUCAGCUGUCGAUAUUGUUCUUCUGGACACAGUCGAAGGGGAUGGUGAGGGUGCCGUAUCAGCUCUCUAUGCAGGAUUUGUUUGACCUGGAGGAAGUGUGUAAGAGGGGCGCGGAAGGGAGAUGGUUGGGGAUGUUGGGGGGUCCUGCCCGUGAUGGCGAGGAUAAAAAGAAGAAUAAAGGAAAUCCGGAUGAAGAAGAUAUCAACGAUCCGUCGGGCGUUGGCUACAAACUCCUCGUCGAGCACAGCAAGGGCACAGAACAAAGCGGCGCCAUGGAAAUUUACAUUGCGCGGGAUCUGGAGGAGGCGAUGGGCCGUUCCGAGAGGAGGAGGGAGAGUAUGGCGAAUGUGGAUUUCUAUGGCAACUUUGGCGUCGUGGAUGUCUUGCCGCAGCCGGCGUAUAAGCCUGGAGGGAUGAUAUAA